AUGAUGCCCUCGGCACACAUGUACGGGCAUCAUCACCAAUUUGCCGCCCCGCAACAGGCAGAUUCACCAUGGAUGCAGCAGCAGCAGCAGCAGCAGCAGCAGCAACAGCAGCACAGUGGCCAUCACGCCCAGCAGCAGCAACAACAUGCUCAGCAGCAGCACUAUAACCGCAUGGCUGCCCUCGGUGCACACGCUCAGGAUGGUGGCGGUGGUCCGCCCCCCCCGCCUCCGCAAUCCCAGCAGCAGCAGCAGCAGCAGCAGCAGCAGCAGCAGCAGCAGCAGGUGGCCUCGGUCGAUACCGUGUCCGAAGAGAACCGUCGUACCAUGGCUUACAUUGCCGAUCUGCUCAAUGAGAAUACGCGUGAGGCGGCUCUGCUCGAACUCAGUAAGAAGAGGGAGCAGGUUCCUGAGUUAGCGCUCAUUCUGUGGCAUUCGUUUGGUGUCAUGACCUCACUCCUUCAGGAGAUCAUCUCCGUCUACACACUUCUCAGCCCGUCGCAGCUGACGGCUGCCGCAUCGAACCGCGUCUGCAAUGCCCUGGCCCUCUUGCAGUGCGUCGCGUCGCACAACGAGACCAGGACCUUGUUUCUCCACGCCCACAUCCCCCUCUUCCUCUAUCCCUUCCUCAACACGACGUCCAAGUCUCGGCCUUUCGAGUACCUCCGCCUCACCAGUCUCGGCGUCAUCGGCGCUCUGGUCAAGAACGACUCGUCCGAGGUCAUCAACUUCCUGCUCACCACCGAAAUCAUCCCCCUCUGCCUCCGCAUCAUGGAGACGGGCUCCGAGCUUAGCAAGACGGUGGCCAUCUUCAUCGUGCAGAAGAUCCUCCUCGACGACAACGGCCUCAACUACAUCUGCGCCACCUACGAGCGCUUCUACGCCGUCGGCACCGUCCUCAGCAACAUGGUCACCCAGCUCGUCGAGUCGCAGACGGCCCGCCUCCUUAAGCACGUUGUCAGGUGUUUUCUCAGACUCAGCGACAAUGCUCGUGCUCGCGAAGCACUUCGUCAGUGCCUGCCCGAACCUCUCCGCGACGCAACCUUCUCCUCCGUCCUCCGAGAUGACGCCGCCACCAAGCGAUGCCUCGCCCAGCUCCUCAUCAACCUCUCGGACAAUGUCGUCGAGCCCAACUCUGCAGGCAUGGCCAGCAUGUAG